AUCACCAGGACCCCCCAACCACGCAGGGAGCUGAGCAGAGAGAGAGAGCCGGCCGGACAGAGGGCACCGGGUUUCUCGGUGGACUCGGGCGCGGGCCUGACGCGGCGGCAGGAGCUGAGCUUCGUGAGCGGCGCGCCCCGCGCCAACCACACGGGCGCCGUGCUCAUCCUGCGCCGCGACAGCGCCCAGCGCCUGGUGCCCGAGGCCGUGCUGCGGGGCGAGCAGCUCACCUCCGCCUUCGGCUACGCGCUGGCCGUGCUGGACCUCAACAGCGACGGCUGGAUGGACCUGGUGGUGGGGGCCCCCCACUUCUUUGAGCGCAAGGAGGAGAUUGGGGGGGCCGCCUACGUCUACAUCAACCCGGCGGGGCACUGGGACGCCGCCGCCCCCCUGCGCCUCAACGGCACCCGCGGCUCCAUGUUCGGCAUCGCCCUGGGCGCUGCCGGGGACCUCAACCAGGAUGGCUUCGAGGAUCUGGCUGUGGGAGCCCCCUUUGAUGGCGCUGGCAAGGUCUACAUCUACCAUGGCAGCAACCUGGGCAUCGUGGCGAAGCCGGCGCAGGUCCUGGAUGGGGAGGGCGUGGGGGUGACGGCCUUCGGGUACGCGCUCUCGGGGGGGCUGGAUGUGGAUGGGAACCUCUACCCCGACCUGCUCGUCGGCUCCCUCUCUGACACCGUGGUGCUGUACAGGGCUCGCCCCGUGGUCCACGUCUCCAGGAACGUCUCCCUGGUUCCCCCCAACAUCGACCUGGAGCAGAGCAACUGCCAGCACCAGGAGGGCGUCUGUGUGGACGUCCGAGCCUGCUUCAGCUACACGGCCAGCCCGGCCAGCUACAGCCCCCGCCUCGUGCUGGAAUACGUGUUCGAUGCCGACACGGACCGGCGGCGGCUGGGCCAUGCCCCCCGCGUCGCCUUCCUCGGCCGCCGUCCCUCGGACCCCGAGCACCAGUUCUCGGACACGGUGGAGCUGCCCCGGCAGCGCGCCCGCGCCUGCGUCAAAGCCACCUUCCAGCUCCAGGACAGCAUCCGUGACAAGCUGCGCCCCAUCGCCGUCACCCUCGCCUACGGCAUCCAGGGGGCUGGGGCAGCUCGGCACAGCCGGGGGGCGGCACGGCACAGCCGGGGGGCCGCCCUGCCGCCCCUGUCCCCCGUGCUCAGCCCCCAGCAGCCCAGCAGCCAGCGCACGGAGGUGCACUUUCUGAAGCAGGGCUGCGGCGACGACAAGAUCUGCCAGAGCAACCUGCAGCUGCGCUUCCAGUUCUGCGCCCGCCUGGGGGACGCCGAUUUCGUGCCCCUGCCCAGGGGUGAGGAUGGCACUGCCAUCUUCGCCAUGAGCGACCAGAAGGACGUGGCCCUGGAGAUCCACGUCACCAACCUGCCCUCGGACCCCGCGGAGCCGCAGCGGGACGGGGACGAUGCCCACGAGGCCGUGCUCACCGCCACCUUCCCCGAGGAGCUGCCCUACUCCGCCGUGCGCCCCUACGACGGCCGGGCACCCUCGGACAAGCCGGUGGUGUGCCUCGCCAACCAGAACGGCUCGCAGGUGGAGUGCGAGCUGGGGAACCCCAUGAAACGCGGAGCCCAGGUGCGUUUCUACCUCGUCCUCAGCACCCUGGGCAUCACCCUCCAGACCACGGACCUGGCGGUGGAGCUGGCCCUGUCCACGAUCAGUGAGCAGCCGGGGCUGGAGCCGGUGGUGGCUCGGGCACGCGUGGUCAUCGAGCUGCCUCUCUCCGUGACGGGCGUGGCCGUGCCGCCCCGGCUCUUCUUCGGCGGGGUGGUGCGGGGCGAGAGCGCGGUGCGGCGGGAGAGCCAGGUGGGCAGCGCCGUGCGCUUCGAGGUGACGGUCUCCAACCGGGGCCAGUCGCUGAAGACGCUGGGCUCGGCCUUCCUCACCCUGCAGUGGCCCCACGAGCUCAGCAAUGGGAAGUGGCUCCUGUACCCGCUGCAGCUGGAGCUGGCGGCCGCGCCGGGGCCGCGGGCAGCCUGCAGCCCCGCUGCCAACCCGCUGCUGCUGGCCCUGGAGCCACCAGGGGACACUGAGCUCGCCGAAGCACCCGCUGCGGGGUCCUGGCGGGUGCCAGCAGCCGCAGAAAGGAAAAGGAACGUGACACUGGACUGUGCCUUAGGCACUGCGCGCUGCCUGGCGUUCCGCUGCCCGCUGCACAGCUUUGAGCGUGCCGCCGUGCUCACCGCCCGCGGGCGGCUCUGGAACAGCACCUUCCUGGAGGAGUUCCUGGCUGUCACCUCGGUGGAGCUGAUCGUGCGCGCCAGCGUCUCGGUGACCUCCUCCAUCAAGAACUUGGUGCUGAAGGACGCCUCCACGCAGAUCCCUGUCACCAUCUACCUGGACCCCGGGGUGGCGGUGGCUGGCGGCGUGCCCUGGUGGGUCAUCCUCCUGGCCGUGCUGGCCGGCAUCCUCGUCCUGGCCCUGCUGGUCUUCAUCCUCUGGAAGCUGGGCUUUUUCCGCCGGGCGCGCUACGCGCCGCCGGCCGUGCCGCAGUACCACGCCGUGAAGAUCCCGCGGGAGGAGCGGCAGCAGUUCCGCGAGGAGAAGAUGGGCACCAUCCAGAGGAAGGAGUGGGCUGUGAACUGGAGCGAGGCCAGCGACGGGCACGUCACCCCCAGCUCGGCGUAGCCCUGGGGCUGCGGGAUCCCAGCGGGUGCAGGGGGAUGCGGGACAUGGAGCCCCCCCCAGCCCUGCUGGCCGUGCCCCA